AUGGUGGUGGCCACGGUGGAAGUCACGCCUCUCGACAUGGUGGAGGACACGGUGGGGGUCACCGUGGAGGUAAUGGCGGAGGGCACGGCGGAGGUCAUGGCGGAGGACACGGUGGUGGUGGUCACGGCGGCAGACAUGGAGGCGGUCGCGGUGGUGGUCACGGCUCUCGUCGCCAUGGUAGUGGUGGGCAUGGCGGAAGGCACGGAGGCGGUCACGGCGGGGGAAGACACGGAGGCGGUUACGGCGGGGGAAGACACGGUGGCGGUCACGGCGGGGGAAGACAUGGGGGUGGUGGUCGUCAUGGUGGACACGGCGGAGGCAGCGGUCACGGCGGAGGUCAUGGCCACGGUGGAGGUCACGGUCAUGGACAUCACGGGUAACUUUCGUGAUGUUGCUAGGCUCGGCACCCUUCAAAACUACUCACGGCUACACGAACAACACUUCAAAUAUCUGCAUUCUUAG